AUGCCUCCAAAGAAGAAGACCAUAAGCAACAACAUCACUUCCCAAGAUGGGCCAAGCCAUGGUGAUUCGAAAUCAAGGCAAAAUGCCUCAUCUAGAGGAAAAGAACGUGCAAGUGAGGGAGCUUUUACCCUCUCAGACCAUGUGGCAGCCAUCCAUGCUAUGGGGGAAACCCAAAGGGAAAUGGCAGAGACCAUCAAGGAGCUGAAAAGCUCGAUGCCCAAGCCAAGUGAAGAAAACGAGAGACUUCCACAAGAGGAGUCUGCUGCUGCUGGGAAGGGGUCUGAACAAAAGGGACCAUCUUCUGUCACCCAAGAGGACGUCGUUGCCAUGCUGGAAAAGGAACUGAGUCGAAGUCAGGAGGAUUAG